GCCGUGUCAUCUCCCUCCCUCAAGUUCCAAAUAAAAAGCAACUAAUUACGCAACUUUUAGCCUUUAUUGGAGUCGACAGAACAGACACCUCAGAACAGACGCCUCAGCCAGCGUUCAGAAUUCACAUUCACCAAAAACAACAGCGACAGUUGGAUAGUUGUAAAGUUUUAGUCGAUCGAUUUGAAGAAUUUGUCUGUUACCAGCAGAAGCGGAAGUCUCCAAGUGCUGCAUUUAUUUGAAUCUCGACUGUAAAAUAAGUCAUCCUCUUUUCUACCUUUACUUCGGCUUUUGUGUGUGUACCUAGUACUAUACUUUUCUACUUGUUCCUUUUUACUUGCACCUCCAGUUGUGUUUCAUUGACUUCGAGUUUGUAAGGUGUCAUUGACUUCACUUAAAUUCUAUUGUUUCGUUCCCGACGGAUUCCAGCGUGGAGAAAGCAAUGCAAUUGAGCACGAAAUUGGACAAGAAAGACUAUCACCGUGAAGGACCCGAAAUAAAUACUCCGCAUUUAUUUUCUACUUCCACAUCCACAUCUGAUUCGGAAGUCCAGCAUUCGUCAUCCACUACUCCGAGAACAGCUGUCCCGCUGACACUAGCGUCAGACAACUACAGCAGCAGCGAAGAAAGAAAGGGUUUGAGUAAUCCAGUGGUCAUUUGUACACGAAGCGACCAAGGACGACGAGGCUCAGCGAAGGGUGGACGUCGACCACCGAACAAAAAUCUUCUCACAUCUAAAUACAAGUGAGCUGCACGAUGAGCGGUGCUCCGCAAAUGCCGCCGGCCAGCGUCAAGCCGCCCACGAUCCGGGUGAGCUCGUUGCACGAGGGUCAGGAGGUGCACGCCUUCCACCGCUAUUGCCAAGACCCCAAUGGAAACUAUUUCAUGGUGGACCACAAAACCAUGGGCAGCAUGCACCCCAGCAUGGGCCGCACCGACGGCUGGACCCGGGCAAUUAUCGUCCAAAACUGGGACGCCACCGGCUACGAUAUCAACGUGCAGGAAUCCUGGCCCCUCGUCAGGUGGCAACACCCGCUGUGGUAUGACAGGAGGGGAAGAAGGUAUUGCUGAUUAUGAAAUUCGUAUGAUUCCACUAGAUCGAGUUACUAGUUUACUAUACCAACACCACAGGAGUAGAUCUAGAUAUUUUGCUUUUGCAUGAUCUUUACCUGCACCUUUUUCCGCGACUUUCAUCUUGUACGUUAGUUUGAUGUGGCAGAUGAAGCCGCGGCGCUAAGCAAAAGACUUCACCACUUCUCGAUGACACCAGAUUGGACACGUCCCAACCGGGGCAUGUGACGCAGCGCGUUCCGGCAGAGCAGAUCCGAACCUUCCAGAACCCGGAGGAGGCGACGCAGAGGCCAAAUCUGUCGAUCCUGUCCGUCCGAUGGGGCGGCGCGCAGGUGGUCGACCCGGUCACGGAAGGCGUCGGGGGAUGGGGCGUUAUUGGCAGCACAUGCUCGGAUAACUACAUCAACUCCUUUGAAACCCAAGUUUUCAACACGUGUGGACCCACCUACGAGAUUUUCUCCUGCUUCAUCCAGAACUCCAGCGAGUUGCACAAACUGAAGUCGCCACUCAUUCGCCACCAACUCAGGGGAAAAUUCGUGGGCGCACAGUAUAAUUGACAACUUUGUUGACCAUUAUUCCCAUUAAAUGUAAUACCGAUUUUGGUGACCUACGAAUGACUUCUUGUUUCAUAUGUUCGAAGCAAGCAGGCCAUGAUUUUUCGAACCACACGCCCGAAGGACGAAUGUGGUACUGCACGACCUGGUCGCUAAUUUUUAUUCACGAAAACCGAUGCGUCGAUUGAAAAACAGGUAUUAUCUCUGGCCGAUUGGUUUCGAUGAUGGGCACGAGUACCCGGGUUACGUGGAGCGAGAGGAAUUGUUUGCCUUAAUCAUGUAUCACGAGUGCGCUGGCGUGCCGACCCGGUUCCCGCACAAUUCGCACCUGUACCGAAUGUUCGCUUCAAAGGAGUGGACCGCCGCGCAAUGUAUAACUUUUUCAUCUUUAUCUACUUCAGCAUGGAUUUUAUCAUCAUAUUAAAAUAAAAAGGCGUUUGAAAACUGUAAACUGCUCGAGGUUCCUGUUUCACAUCGAUAUAGUCGCAUGCAAAGCCUUCUUCUAAAUUUGAUAUUGAUUUCUUACCAGGCCUGAACCCGCAGCUGCGAACGCCGCUGACGACCAAGGUGCCCCGCGCCCUGAUCGCCCAGAACCCGGAGCGGGCCGCCGCACAGGCUUAUGACGCUUUGAACGCCAUGUCCCAGGCUCGAACGAGCAUUUUCCAGUUUCCGGAGUACACGACCCCGAAGAUGAUCACCCAGGGCGUUGCAAAGCUUGGAUGGAGUUGGGAAGCACUCGACGUCCGGAAGUGGACCAACCAGGAAUCCCUGCAGAACGCGUUGGUGGACCUGGGAGAACAGCAGGGCAGUCACAUGGAAUACGUUUUUGUUCAGGUAGAGCUUGUCGCUUCAUUUUGUAUGUACGACGUGCCCAGGCAAAGCGAAGGAAAAGCAAUAGAACAAGCAGAAGCAUAUUGAUAUUCUUUUAUACUUGAUGAUCCUACUGUGAUUUGUCUUCAUCCUUGAGAUGAUUGCAAAAUCCUGAAACACAGGAAUGGGUGGAGUUUGACGUGGAGAUCCGAAAUUACGUGGUGCUCCCCGACCUCCGAAACCCCCCGUCGUGCUUGCCGAAGGGAGCCGUGUGCACCAUGUUCCAGGAGGAGACCCAGAACGGCGGAUUCACCAACUUCACCCGCUUCGGACGGGAAGAGUGCGCGGCCCGAAUUUUCAAGGGGGACAAUGCCGCUUUCGACAGCUGCACCGCACAGAUUAACGCCUUGAUAUACAAAUGGCUCUGUAUAAUUCUUUUUUUUUUAUGUUUAUCAUUAUUCCUUUUGCUUCUGUACGGCGACGGCUCGCUGUGAAAAGGCGAAGUGCCCGCUAAAAAGUGAACUUCAGCGUCUCGCGUUCUCCGAUUGAACUAUCCAUCCAAGUGCAAGUUGUAUUUCUAUGACGAUACCAUAUCAGUUGCUAUCCGAGCGGAGUGUGCGGAACCGCCAGUGUUUGUCCGAUUCGAUAUGUUGUGCAAGUACCGUGGAAACGGCGUCUGCGAGGUGAUGACGGGAGAGCUGACCGAACUCGGCGGGUGCUUCCUCGGAUGGCAAGAGGGCCCGCAAAUCGUUUUCAAUGCGAUCAUCGACUCCUACUUUGGGCGUCUGUCCGCGAGCUGCCUCCCCCAGUUGAACGGAAAGAAUGGUGGUGCGAACCCGGUGGCCACCGGACCGGGAAUCUCGAUGAAUGGGUUGGUUUCGACGCAAGGCCCGACGAACAAGGUACGUAAUAGUUACUGUGAUUUUGUUUGAUCAUUGUUGACGUUGAAGCUGAAGCAUAUUGAACGAUCGCAAGCUUCCUUUAGUAUUACUAUUAGUACCAGAAGCGCAAUUGUGAAUGUGAUUAUAGUACUGAGGCGAAGGUUAUUAAACUUCAUGGAGCACACAUCAUAAAUCUAAAAACCUCUCAGGUUGCGCCCCCGCCCGGAGAACAGAACAAUCAGAAGCCGCCACCGCCGCAACAGCAGCAGAACGAAACUAAUGGGACAGUGCCACAGAAUAACGUACCCUCACCGCAGGCGAAUGGAAACCACGCGUCGCAGCCGCACCAGUAAAAAAAAAGCGAUUAUAUCGAUAGAAGGGAGAAUUCGAUCAGAUUGUGCUGCUCCUCGACAAUUAUUCAUUUACCGCGACUUUCACCGAAGAUGAGGUUUAUUCAUCCUAUGUUGAGUUUUGCAAUCACGACGACAAAAAUGACGCGCCAUGUGUUCUAGAUCUAGUGACAGUAAUACAUCCAUCUUCUCGCUCGCCGCAAGUUCCUGUCAUUUUCCUUUUCCACGACUUUUUCCCACCACAUGUUGGCACCCUUCACUCAACUUCUUGCUCUUUUACAUCUACCAAGUACAGGAAACGAUGCCAAGACGGAGAAGCAGAAGCGCCAGAUUUUCUUCUUCUUGGCGUCGGCACAAUAUGAGCAAGCGAUUAUGUACGAGAUCGUGCAGGUUUUUGUGUACGCAUCGUUUGUAAAUCGACAGCCACGGCGAACAAGAUGAAAGCGAAGUAUGUUUUGUGAGAAGAAAAACAAUCGACAUUAGCUCAAGUUAGGGAAUCGAACUCGAGAAUACAGCAGGGAUCUAGCACCGAUCCGGAGCACGCACUGAAGAGCAUGAUCUAUGCCAACGAAUGAACCGACGUCACCAAAAAUUGAAGAAGAUAUUGAAUAUCGCGAUAAAAAAGUAAAGAGAUUGUCCUUGCCGGUGGAGCACUGAACAUACGCAGGUGCUGCCGACGAGGCGUGUCCUGUCUCGUACUUUUGCGACAGCGACUACGUCCUCACUGGUUUCUGAC